AUGAGUUCAUUCAGCAUCAAAAAUGUCAAAAACAUUCUCGGGUUCCGAGAAGAAGGGGAUUCGAGUCGUAGUUUGACUUCCAAAUGCAAUAAAAUGGAAGUUUCGAAGAACACUCAGUUGGUUGAUACGUACGAAAGAAUUUACGGGGACGAGUGUCGAAUUUGUUUAAAAAGGACUGUUGAAAACUGUGAACUGUUUCGAAAUGGGGACGCUAUUCCUCGUAAACUUAUGGCCGUUGCUUCCGUACAGAUAGAAGAAGGAGAUGGCUUACCACCAGUGAUUUGUUUAUCCUGUAACCAACGUUUGGAUGCAUCUUAUGAUUUUAAAUGUCAGAUACAAAAUUCGAAUGAAAAGCUCCGUCAAAUUCUUAAAUUAAAAGCUGCUUCUAAUGACUCGGGUAGUAGUGCAAGCAUAGUCACAGCAAUAAUUGCUGAUGUGAUAUCUAGUGUAAUCUCUUCUGAAAAGGAAAACACAGAAAAGCAAGAAAUGUGUCCUACAAACUUCUGUCCAGAUAAUUUUUGUUUUACAAAAGAUGAUACCUCUUUUUGCAUAAAUACUGAAAGAAACUUGUUUUGCUAUGAAAGAGAAACACAAAGUCAAUUAAGCAACGCAGUAGAAAAAAAAAACUUGGAAAGUGUAAAUGUUUAUAAAAAUUUGUUAGAAGAUUCUGUGAUGAAUGAUUCUAUGAGACAAAUUAAUUCAGACAAACAGGGAGAAUUAUCUUUGUUCCGUGAACACAUUGAGCAAGAGAAAGAUACUUCGUUCAGAAAUGAUGUAAAUAACGUUGAAGUAUCAGAAAAUCAGCGAAUUUUGGAAGGAGCAUCGAGAACGGACAGUACGCAAGACGACGAGGAAAAACCUCUUAUAUCGCGCACAACUAGAUUACGAUGUAUGCAGUGUAUUAAGUCCUUUCGUACAAAAGUGGCCUUACAAAGGCACACCAUUGUACAUAAACGCAAAACUAAAUUACGAUAUGUUUGUUACGUUUGUGAUAAACAGUAUUCCACUCUUGCCAAAAUGAAAAAUCAUGUUGCGAGUUGUCGUAAUACACAUAACAAGACGGAAGAUAUCGAUGAUAAGAGAGUUAUUUAUGAGCAAGAGAAAGGUGUAUCACAUGUAGAGCAUAAAAAUGUUAAUAACGUUCGUGAAAAAAGAAUGAAAAUACAGAAGAACGCUGAUUCCUCGAAAGAACAACGAAAAAAUUUCAAGUUUAUUUGUAAUGUGUGUUCAAAGCAAUUUACUUAUCAAAAAUCUUUCGUAUCUCAUGUUAAAAGUCAUCCAGAAUAUAAAUCAGAAGAAGCGGACGAGCCCUAUCGAUGCUCGGAAUGGAGGAGGAGGAGGACGAGGAGGAGGAGGAGAAGGAGGGAGGAGGAGGAUGAAGAGGAAGAAGAAGAAGAAGCUGAAGAUGAAGAAGACGAGGAAGAUGAAAACCUUCCUACCGAAAGUCUACAGUGUACUCAGUGUGGGAAGCUGUUUGCAACAAAGAGGAAUCUGAAGAGACACCUUUCCACGCACAGUGGAUUAAAGUACACUUGUGGCACUUGCGGUAAAGGAUUUUCAAGAGUGGAUAAAUUGAAAGAUCACGAACAAUCAAAACAUAAGGCUGAAUUAUUCGAUAGCUCGGAUUUAGAUGAUAAAGAUGAUACAGAUAGUAUAAGUAAGAGAGAUUGUUUAGAAGGUAGAAAAAAAGAUCGCCAUAAUAGACCACACAAAUGUGCAAUAUGCCCUAAAUCUUUUGCACAAGCUCAGUCUCUAACAAAUCACAUGGAACGACACACACGCGUUAAAGAAACUCAAAAAAGGUUUCUUUGUGAAGUUUGCAAUAGCGGUUCACUUGUUGCGCAUAUGCGUACGCACACAGGCGUGAAACCCUAUGUGUGCAACGUGUGCAGUAGGGCCUUCACGAAAAGCACUUAUUUACAAUUGCACUUGCGCACGCACAGCGGGGAGAAACCUUACAUUUGUCAGUAUUGUAGUAGAGCCUUCGCGCGCGCGAAUACGUUAGCGCGUCAUAUUACGAUGCACACAGGAGAAGCAAAAUAUCAUUGUCAAAUUUGUACAAAAUCGUUUAGAAGACUGACUUCGUUAAAUGAGCACACAUACACACACACUGGUCAAAGACCGUACGCGUGUAAGAUUUGUACAAAGAGAUAUAACAAUGCCGGCUCGCUCUAUGCACACAGAAAGAAGUGUAAAGCACAGCAAUUAUCUAAUACAGGAUUCGCUGCUUCUGUGGAGAACUCUGUGCCACAACAGGAUCUAAAUGUCCAACAGGUUCUGAUUUAUUCGCAAAGAAAGCUAAUGGAAGAUGCCACUGUUGGACAAGUUACGCCCACGCCACAGUACAUGAUCGCAAAUGUGCACAAUCAAAAGAAUCUGGGAACGAAUAUUAUUCAACCGUUUACGAUGGAGGACCCAAAUGUUUAUACAAUUAAUUCGAAGCAAUUCAAGAAUCCCUACUACACAAUCUAUCCUAAUAUGUAAGAUAAUAAUGUGUGCGGAAGAUUGAUUAAAGAAUGUCUUUUUUA